AUGGCGUCAGCAAGCGAUGUAAAAAUUUCCACAGAGGAAAAGAAGAAUCCCCCUAUCAUGAAGAUCUCUGCCCAUCAAGUAGAUACGGGGGCAGUGCUCGUGAUGGGGAAAACCGGGCAUUUAAGCCCUUCCGAGGCGACAAGAAUCAGAAGGAAAAUAGAUCGCCAUAUCGUUCCUCGUUCCUUUAAUGUGCCAAUCCAAUACAUGGAUAAAGCUACCUUGGGAAAUGCCGCAGUCCUAGGUCUCCUCGAAGACACACAUCUAAGCACCGACCAUGAAAGCAUCAGGCUCGGCACAAUUUUUUAUCUUGGGUAUCUCGUCUUCGAGUUCCCGCAGAAUCUGUGUCUGCAACGCCUGCCCGUUGGGAAAUGGCUGAGGUAUGCGGCUUUCAGAAUUAUGCUGUGUAUGCACGCAGCAUGCAAGAAUUUCGCGGGUCUCUUCGUCGGAUUUAUGAUUGUCACCUCCAUGUUCUACACGCGAGCGGAGCAGACAUUGAGACACAAAGUCAUCUCCGGAUUCAUUAGCUUCGAGACUUUGCAUAUGAAAACCAGCUCAUUGAAAGCUUGGCAAUGGUUCCUUUUUCCAGAUUCUCCCACGAACGCAUGGUUCCUUACCCCAGAAGAACGCUCUUCUGCAGUUCAGCGAAUAAAGGAAAAUCAAACAGGCGUCGAGAACAAACAUUUUAAAAAAGAACAGUACGAAGAGGCCAUUUUUAUGCUUGUCCUGAUGAUAGAAGCCCUGACGGACGUCAAAAUAUGGCUAUUCGCUAUUUUCUCCGUGUUAGCCGACAUCCCGAACUCGCUUGUCAAUCAGCGACAGAUAACAUCUCGUCGUUUGGCUUCUUCGACCUUGAAACCAUUCUCCUGGGCUGUGUUCCCGGCGUGGAUACCCAACAGCAGAGCAUGGGUCGGUGUGAUAUACCUGAUACCCAAUCUCGCUGCUGUGUUCUUGAUGCUAUUUCUAAGUUGGGAUAAUAAACUUGGUUUAUUAUUGACAUUGUUCUUCGCUGUUCUUUCCCUUUCUUGGCUGUCGAGCACUACGGCGGGGCACACGAAGAGAAUAGCUGCUAAUGCUAUCAUCCUAUCCGCUUAUUGUAUUGGUAAUGCGGUAGGUCCUUUAAUGUGGGCGGAAAAGUUCAAGCCUCGCAAUUGCGUACCAUGGAUAAUCAUAGGAUUUUGCGUCGUUUUUCGGAUUCUGACUCUGCUCGGAAUUCGUGACGCAGAACCUGUUCAUACUAUCUACGACGAUGUGUACAUUGAGCAGUUGAAAGAGAACGGUGUUGUUGAGAAGGCUCGCGUCGACAAGGAAUUUCUGGAUUUAACAGACAAGCAGAAUCGAGAUUUCAGAUAUGUUCUCUAA